AUAGCGCAGAGCUGUCGCAGGAGGCGAGACUUAUAACAGUUAAAGAUGACGACUUCUUGGAGUGAUCGGCUCCAGAAUUAUGCAGAACUUCCAGCCAACAUUGAUGGUUUAUCUAUGAAGAAGUACAGAAGAGAGGCGUAUCAUAGCUUACCACAGGAACUGGCCCACUGUCAUCCUUCAAUGAGAGUUUUUGUCAAUAGAAGUUUGGCAAUGGAGAAGAUAAAAUGCUUUGGCUUUGAUAUGGACUACACUCUAGCAGUGUAUAAGUCUCCCGAGUAUGAAUCCCUUGGCUUUGAUCUCACUGUGGAAAGACUGGUUUCCAUUGGUUACCCACAAGAGCUUCUAAACUUUGUCUAUGAUCCUGCUUUCCCCACAAGAGGGUUGGUGUUUGAUACAAUGUAUGGAAACCUGCUGAAAGUUGAUGCAUAUGGAAACAUUCUUGUGUGCGCUCAUGGAUUUAACUUCCUGCGUGGUCCAGAUAUAAGAGAGCUGUACCCAAACAAGUUCAUUCAGCGUGGAGAUACAGAGCGAUUCUACAUCCUCAACACACUGUUUAACCUACCAGAGACAUACCUCUUUGCCUGCCUGGUUGACUUCUUCACUAGUUGUGUCAGAUACACAAGUUGUGAGAUGGGCUUUAAAGAUGGCGAUCUUUUCAUGUCCUAUAAGAGCAUGUUUCAGGAUGUCAGAGAUGCCGUGGAUUGGGUCCAUUUCAAGGGGUCUCUAAAGGUGAAGACAGUUGAAAACUUGGAGAAAUAUGUGGUGAAAGACGCUAAAUUGUCAUUGCUUUUGAGCCGAAUGAAUGAAGUUUCCAAAGUGUUCCUUGUUACCAAUAGUGACUACAAGUACACAGAUAAAAUCAUGACAUACUUGUUUGAUUUUCCACAUGGUCCAAAAGCAGGUACACCUCAUCGGCCCUGGCAGUCCUACUUUGACCUCAUUUUGGUUGAUGCCAGGAAGCCUCUGUUCUUUGGGGAGGGCACAGUCCUGAGACAGGUGGACACGACCACUGGGAGGCUCAAGAUUGGGACAUAUACAGGUCCCUUACAGCAUGGCAUUGUGUAUUCUGGUGGUUCCUCAGACAUAGUGUGUGACCUACUGGGAGCAAAGGGGAAGGAAAUCUUGUACAUUGGUGACCACAUAUUUGGAGACAUCCUCAAGUCUAAGAAGCGUCAGGGCUGGAGAACUUUUCUGGUGAUUCCUGAGCUGGCUCAGGAGCUGCAUGUGUGGACUGACAAGAGCAUGCUGUUUGAGGAGCUACAGAGUCUGGACAUUUUCCUGGCAGAGCUCUACAAGCAUUUGGACAGCAGCAGUAAUGAGCGACCCGAUAUCAGUUCUCUUCAGAGGAGGAUUAAGAAAGUGACACAUGACAUGGACAUGUGUUAUGGGAUGAUGGGAAGUCUCUUCCGCAGUGGUUCUCGUCAGACUCUUUUUGCAUCUCAAGUUAUGCGUUACGCUGACCUGUACGCUGCAUCCUUCAUCAAUCUGCUGUACUAUCCCUUCAGCUACCUGUUUAGAGCCGCCCACGUGCUGAUGCCUCACGAGUCCACAGUGGAGCACACUCAUGUGGACAUAUAUGACAUUGAGUCGCCCAUGGCAACACGUAACCGCCACUCCAUUGACUUCAGAGAACAGGAGUGUAAGAGACACCAGCUCACCCGCUCCGUAAGUGAGAUCAAUCCCCCCCAUCUCUUCCCUCAGACGCCACAGGAGAUCACUCACUGCCAUGACGAGGAUGACGAUGAGGAAGAAGAGGAAGAAGAAUAACCAGACCUUUGGCAUUACUGUUAAACUGGAUUCAGGUGCUUUAGGGAUGUGUCUACGGUUUAAACAAGGAUGAUCAUUGCAUUCACAUUCAUUCAUAUACUGUAUUUUGUCGCGAUAUAAGAGAGUAUGUUUAUUUCUUGCACUGUAUAUUUCAAACCAGGUUCUAUAUUUUAGAGUUUGUUGCGAGUAUGAAGAUAAAACUGGGCCUUUUGUAGUUUCAGCUUCUUAUUUUGAAAUUAGGUUUAUGGAAAUCUCACCAUAAGCCUUCACUCACCAAACUGUUUGUGGCCUCACUUAAAAAUGUGUUGGGAAAAAAUUGUAAUAACAAUGAAAAGAAUUCAUUGAUUUCACUUUUUUGGUUAACAGAGAGAUUUAAAUAUCCCUGUUUAAAGUGCAUAAAAAAUUAGCAAUCAGUUACAAUAUUUGCGUUAUUUUUGAGAGAACAUAUACUGUAAAACAAGGUCUGUCACUGAUAUAGUUAAGCUUGAAAUAAUAGCAUGCUUACUUGUACUAUGCUCCAUGAAGUAUUGUAGAUUGUGUCCAAACUUUUGGAAAAGAGCCAUGUAACAUGCUUGAAAGGAUUAUUAUUAUUACAUUUUUUUGUCAGAACUGUUAGUAUUUAAACAGCUUGCAUAAUAUACGUUUAAAAAAUGUAACGCGUGCCACUUGCCAUUUUAUACAUGGGUUUCAAAUUACUUGGCAAUGCUGCAUAGCUGGAACUGAAGAGUAGAUAGUACUCAACCUCACCUUUUUUUAAUGGCUGCUGAGAACAGCUUGGAAGAAUAAGCCAACACUGAAAUAGCUUUGUUUGUGUUAGACGUGUUGAUGUGUUAAACAAAAGCUCGAAACAGCGCAAUGAAUAGAAUGCAUCUUGAGACACCUGUGUUGUGUUCUAUUUGUUGCACUGCGUCUAGCUUUUGUUUGCUUUAAUUGGUUCGGUCUGACCGGCCCUUUUUGCACUCUCCAUGAUCACUGUGUUAUUAUUAGAUGUUGAAUCUAGAGCAUAGAUUCAUGAUUUAGCAUUUUUAUAUCCACUGAUAUAUAGUUAGUUCUACGAGGUAUUUUCAAAUGAAUAUUUACAUUUGAAAUAAUGUUGUUUGAUGUAAGUGCAACCACAGCAUUUGGGUGGAGACAAUGAAUUAAAAGGGAGAGGGUGUUUAAGCAGGUCUGGUUGUAUUAAUUGGCAACUGGCCAUGGAAACGAAGCUUUGUGGGUGACAGUGGACCAAGAGGAAGAAAUGAACUAAAUUAACAUUUGUAGCUAUUGUGUUUAGGCAGAACCUACAGUAUAGUUAGUUACAGUCCAAAGCUUCUGUUUUAUGGGCUUAGACACUGUACAGUAUGUCAUGACCUUCAUCUGGGGACUAUUACAUUAAGGCUUAUUUUAAUUUUUUCUGACACAGUACUCAAAUUAGCACUAAUAUUUUAGAUGUUUUAAGUCAAGGAGAGAAUGGCCUUGACUUAAUACUGCCUUGGUCCAUGUUGCUUUGAAAUUACCAUGAGAACCCAUAUAUAAAACUGCAGUAUUUCUCUUGGAUCAUUUGAACAGUAUUUUUUAAGGCUUGAGUUCCCUAAAGAUGAUCUCUGCCAAUGUAAUCUCUGAAAGAGUACAGAAAUAAGUGAGACAUCCAUAACCAUCUCUUCUCUUGAAGUUAUCAGGAUCCAUAGCAUUUUAGUCAAUCACAGAUUUUGUUGAAGAUUAUUGAGUUUUGGCUGUACUAUUUGAUAGUGAUAUAUCUGAUAAAUUUUAAUUAAUUUUAAAUUACCAACCUUUCGCUUAAGGUUAAAUGCAUUGAUUUUUUUUUAUUUGUCUGUACUUUUAUUAUUGUUAUAAAUGUAUUGUUUGAAAAAGUUGUUUGAUUUUGUUCAAGUAGACAACAAUGGUGCCCAAGGCCUGUGAACUGUUUUUAUUAUUAUUUCCUAAAUUUGUUGUUGGAUUUAUUGUUGUAUUAUUAUUGAAAAUUGUUUUAGCAACAUUUUCCUGCAUGUGUGUGUGUGUUUAGGGUUUAUGUUGCACUUUACUGUAAAGAAAACUGUGAUCUCAGAGAAUGUGAGGACUCAGUCUUACUGUAGUUUUAAUGUAGAAAUAAAUUUGAACGCU